UUUAGAAUCCGAAGUACAGGAUGAGGUCCUGGUGGCCGCAACAGACCUGGAACCAGAGCCUGAAGAGGUUCAAUACACAGACACCUCGUAUACCAGUGCUUCUUUCGAAUCCCUUCCACCUAUGAUUGAAGAACUAAAACCGAAGAAAAAGAAAGGAAAGAAGAAAAUUGAGGUUGUGGGAGUUCUGAGAGAUACAAGCGAACUAUUCCAGUGGUCAGAGGAGUCACUACCAGCAGAAGAACAGAAGAUAGAGGAAGAACAAGUAGAGACGAAAAAGAAAAAAGGCAAAAAGGGGAAAAAGGAUAAGGGGAGAGAAGAAAUACCAGAAUUUGAAAAGCCAAAAAAUUGGAAAAAGAUGAAUAAAAAAGAAAGAGAAGCAUGGAUGCUGCAGAGGAUAGAAGAAUGGCGAGCGGAAAAAGAAGCAGAGAAACAAUCAAUUUUGGCUGGUGCGAAAGAAAAACGCGCAGUCCUGGCGAAGGAAAGAGCUGAGUUGAUGGCGAAGGAUAAUGCUGAGCAAGAAAUUAGAAGAGAUCUACUCCAGAAGACAUGCGACUUGUUCCAUAAAUUCGAAAAGCAGAAAUUGGAUUUUGAAAACAAAAAACAGAUUCAAGCUGAGUGGCAACAAUAUCUCCGAUGCGAUGGUCUGCCCGACCCUCGAGUGGUCACUCAGAUGAAUACGUACUUACAUCUCUGGCAGCUGAACCCUAAAUGCGACGAUGAUGAACUGGAGAGGAGAUGCAUCGAGGCGUUGCCGAUGUUGGAAAUGCUUGAAGACUUCGUCGCAAACUCGAGACAGUACAGCGCUUUGCAAGCGCAAAGCUACAACGAAGUUCGAAUAGCACUACGAGAACAGCUGUCGACCGCGAUCCAGUUCGCGUCAUACACACUGCUGCGAGACUUGGAGAAGCAUCUCAAGUUUGACUCCAUAAAACUGGCCUCUUACCAAAGGGAGUUCAAAGGUCUACGGCUGAACUUGUGGGUGGCCGUCAGGAUGCCCACGAGGAAACCUAAACCGGUGGAACCCGACCCGGAACCAGUGGAACUAUCCUUCCCCUCCAUGCGUGUUGGUGUGAAGCUUCCAAAAGUCAUUGACGGGUCCUGCGUUUGCGUCAGAGCCGCUCGGUCUAUGCUGGACUUGCUCAGCGAAAGUUCUAGAAGUUACGCUUUAGUAGCUGAUAUGCCUAACAGAUAUGAAGACUUAUUUACAUUUAAUGUAAAAGAACACGUAGCGACUUAUAAACUGAAGAAAGAACAAGACGAAAUCAGAACGAAAUUCUACAAGGAGAUAAGAGAGAAAGUAAGGGAGUUGGAGAACUUCAUGAAAGCUAAUCCAUAUACGAAAAAUGAGAAAGAAAAAGAAGAAUUGGAUAAAUUGAAUAUGGCGGAACCACCACUUCUUUCGGAUCCCAGGACUUACAUAUCUGAACAAAAUGAAUUAGCUUUUGCAAAAUACCUCAAAAGCUGCAUGACAAGAACGCGCUCUGGGGAAGUUAAUCUACGGAAAUACAGAAUAUGCGGUGGAGUACUCAACCUAGAUCUCCUGACCACACCUCCUCAACCUAAAUGGAUGCGCGGUUGCAUCACUCUUACUACUCUUCAGCUGCCCAAGAGUCUCCAGCCGAUGACGUACCAGGUACAGUACCGCGCCCCCUCCCCGCCACCGGUGGGGGUGACCCGGACCCCAGAAGAGAUUGAGAUGGAAAUGAAGAAAGUGGAAGCCGAGUAUGAAAAACUGGCGUUGGUGUUUAUUGACCUCCCCCAAGAACUGGUAUGGUCAGAACCACCGGUCGUCUGCCAGUGGCAGGAGGCGAGGAAACUCUGGACGAGCAACUACGUCAAUGAUUAUAAGUUCAACGAGGAUAAACUCACUGUGCAGUUCAGGACGGGCGUUUUAUGGCCUAUAGGAAUUGCUACGCUGAGAUACAGCAAUAUGCCGUACCAGGGCUGGGAUGUAAAACCAGAUCCCGACAGUAAAGGCGUCAUAAUAACAGUGACUGGCGUGAGUGUGACGGUGACGUGGCUGUGUGUGGGCAACUCGGUGCGGCUGAAGUGGAUCGCGAACGCCACCACGCCAGCACUGAAGGAGCACUUCAACAAACCCUACAGCGUGAAGAGGAUGCUACAAAUAAUGAGGGAGGCAGCCUGCGACUUCUUCCCCGACUUCGACGCUCACAACCACAUCGAAGGCUCCUGCCCCAAAGAGUGGGUGAUGGAAAGACAUAACUACCACGCUAUGGCGUUUCUUUCCAGAGCAUACAACUUUCAAUGGAGCAGAUGGAAUGCCGCUGCUGGUUAUCGGACUAUCGUCAUGCAAAUACGAGAGGCAGUCGACAAGAAAAGAGAGUCCAAAUUCCAGCUGCUGUACGUAACACCACAAAGGGCCACCAUACUCAAAUGUAAUGAGAUGUCGCAGGAGUAUAGUUCAGAACCAAUGAUGGGAUUACAGUUCUACCCGGAUCUAUUCACACUCAACAUGUCCUAUGGUUCGGUGGACGCGCGCCGCGCCACCUUCAACAUGAAGUAUCGCCUCGUAGAGACAAUCUUCGAGAUGUUGCAAGAAUUGAAAUUGUCUAGUUAUUCAUAGUUUCAAUGUAAACUUAGAAGACUUAUGGCAACAUUAAAAUUGAGCCAAUUUUUAAGUACAGUUGAACAAUCCUAUUAUACUGUUAAUAAAAUAAAUGAAAAAGUUUGUGACAAUGGAUUAAUAGGUGUUCAUUACUCUUUCAUGCAAAAAAUACUGAAUCGAUUUGAAUGAAAUUUGGCACACGGGUAGGGUAUAUCCUUAGAUUAUAU